AAAUAAAGUAAUUCCAUGGCGGUUACAACACUCCUUUAGUUUGAGUGCUGUAACUAAGACGUCAGUCUCUCCUCCAGCAGGCAGGUUACAGAGUGGCUCUCCUGUCUCUGCUCACAGGUGACUCCCGGGCUGCGAGGACGCGCUCUGCGGGCUGCGAAGACCCACCGGAGGUUUCCCUCACAGCUCUGGCAUUACAUUCUGGUCACGUCCAACGAAAAGGGCAGGAAUUAAAUGACCAUAGAGGUCCCUGAGAAGAGCCCCAGUCCUCUCAGUUUGCCUCCACGCCUCCCACUCGGCUUCCUAUAUUAUCUUCUUGUCUGUUUCACCGCGCUAAUCUGUUCAAACCUGAGGACAGCAUGACAGGAGGACUGAAGGACGGCGAAACAGAAGAGGAGUUUCUGCAUUCGCCGUUCAUCCGAAAACAAGGGAACAUUUACAAACCAAACAACAAAGACAUGGACAACGACAGUCUGAACGAGAAGACGAUGGAGGACGUCCACACCAAAGAGAUCGACCUGGUCAACCGGGACCCGAAGCGCAUAAACGACGACGUUGUCAAGGUAGACUUUGAGGACGUGAUUGCCGAGCCUGCAGGGACCUACAGCUUCGAUGGCGUGUGGAAAGCCAGCUUCACCACCUUCACUGUCACCAAGUACUGGUGCUACCGGCUGCUGACGGCGCUGGUCGGCAUCCCCCUGGCGCUCAUCUGGGGAAUCUUCUUUGCCAUCCUGUCCUUCAUUCACAUCUGGGCCGUGGUGCCGUGCGUCAAGAGCUACCUGAUUGAGAUCCACUGCGUCAGUCGCGUCUACUCCAUCUGCGUGCACACCUUCUGCGACCCGUUGUUCGAGGCCAUGGGCAAGUGUUUCAGCAGCAUCCGAGUGCGCAUGACCAAGGAGGUGUAGCAUCCACAAAGAGGAGAAGGAGGAUUAACGGAAAGAGGGGAGGGAAGAUGGGAGGGCUAGAGCAACACAGAUGGAGGGGAAAGACAGAAGAAGAAGAAGGAAAAAAUAAACCUCUGGAAAACGAGAGGUGAGACUUUUCCAGAGUUGGGGUUGUUUGGAAGUGAAGGGGUGUGGUCACAUGGCACCUGACUCCGCCUUUUUCUACCAGCUGUUUUUUCUCUCCAGUGUUACCAAACGGGUGGGCACAGGAAAUCAAAGGGUCAUUCUCCGGGGGGAUUUGUUGUUUUGUUUGUGUUUUAGUUUUGUUUGUUUUUUUUGUUUUUUUUCUCACUGUUAACUUUGUCAAGCAAGCGACCAAGCUCCGUAUCUGUUUCCUGUCAGUUUUUCCACAUGAUGUAAAUUCCUUCCAUUCUUACCAUUUCUGUGGAGAGCUUUGAUUGAUUCAUGUGAAGAGGGGAUGUCAGGGUGUAUCACUGUCGUCUCUCACGCUUUUUAGUGUUUGUGUUUUGGAGCCAUUGGGCGGGGCAGGAUGGCUGGAUGUCGGGGUUAGGGAGGUCAAAGCAGAGAGAAAGCAUGAGCGCUGCCAAAUUCUAUCUGACUCAGCAACAAAACAAACAACCCCACAACAGCACAGCAUCACCCCUCCCUCUGCCCCCCGUGACCCCCAACCCCCACCAAAACCAGCCACCCACCCCCCCUCUUCGCCCGGCUUUACCAGCAGUCUGACACACUGAACCUGCCCUCGUUCCUGCAUGCACCUGUGUCGCCUUGCCAGCAACUCGCCGUCCGCCACCGCCACGCCCGCCACACAGCCUUACAACGCAGAAAUGAUCUGCGUCUCUGCUCACUCGCUCUGUGCAUUCUUACUUCACCUCAAACUAAAAUUUCCCAGUGCAGGUUUCAUCACCGUUACCCUCAUCAUCACAUGAGUGUGCGACAGAGAAUGUUUCAAUUUUGCAAAAAUUCUUUUUGUCAUAUUAAAUGCACAUCGACAUAGUUCCAUAGCAAAUGCUUUUUUUUCUUACAUGAAUAUGAAGAACUUUGAGGGUUUAACAAUGCCGGUGUUUUAAUUUCCUGUAUGUACUGUAUGGGUGUCGAUGCAGAAAAUGAGACUUAACAAGCUAUGGAGACAUUCCAGUGCACUAAUCUAUGAGAAAGUAUUGUUAGUGAGUAGCACUCAUGAAGAUCUCCUGUCUAUGUCUGCAAAGGUAGAAGAGUACUAGCAGUUACUUUUGCACGCUCUGCACGUAGGAUGUGCAGCUACAAGCUUGUGUGGAGACGUUUCUUAUGCGCUGUGGUACUUACACAGGUUAAUGCAUUGGAAUUAAGAUAAUGUGAGAUGGAAUGUGUGAUUUUGGAUUGUUUUUUUUAUUUGUUAUCUGGUCAUCAUUUUUGCGCCAUCCUUUUUUGUUUUCUUUUUUAAUCUCUCCCCGACUAGUUUGUUCUGCUGGUCUGCUUCUUGACUGUGGACACGAUGCUGGAAAGCAUCAAACUGACGCCUCCCACCCCAGAGAUGAUGGGUGAAGGGAGGGAUGGUUGGGUGGGGUCUCUGCAAUGGGGUGGGAUGGGGUGGGGUUAUGUUUAAUUGAAGCUCGCUUUGACUCCGUCACCUUCAGUCUACCUGCUGUCUUCUCACAGGGAUGGUAAUAUCGCAGCACCUGUUCCUUGAAUUGAGUGUUUUUAAGCUCCAAAGGUGAUAUUUUUAUAAGAAAAUAUGUUUUUUUCCUUCCUUGCUUUUACUGUACAAUAUCACGCUGUGCACAUUAAAAUUUAAUAUAAUCCA